UAGUCUUGAUCCUAUACUAGUUUCACUUAGGUCAACCAGACUUUCUUGUCCUAAUGUCUUUUAAAUUUUUUCUUUGACCUUUAGCUUCGUUCUCUCAUUUACAGCCGAUCCCGACGAAGAAAAUGACUGACUUGUUGUAGAAGCAAGUGUAUCCAGCAGAUGGCAGCAAUGGGACACGUAGGACGCAAGCCUAGAGUGUGUCUGUAACGGUGCCUGAUCAAAAUCCAUUAGUGAUCCAUGGUUUGCGGGGACAUACCUGUCGUCGUCGAUACCUCGGUGGAUCGAGACAGAAUUGUACCCGGUUGCAAUCUGAGUUGAUUGGCGUGGUUUGUGUGAAGCAAUCCUCUGGUGUGUUUUUACUGACUGCGGACACCAUGGAGGAAGUGGAUUAUGUUGAACAGCACAGAUCUGAAACUCUACCGUUAGAUGAAGUGCAGAUGAAACAGCUUGAUGUCCAUCUGCCGCAGGAAGUUGGUGGAAAUCAAACAGCUGUGUUCCCAGUCCUUCGGAUGCUGAACGUUAAAAAUGAGGUUCUCCAUGCCUGGAGCGCCAGUUCCCAGCAGCACCAUCCAGAGGCCUUCCACAUAAAGGAAGAGGAGGAGGAUGUCUGGACUAAUCAGGAGGAAGAGUGGCCUAAGGAACAGAAGACUAAUGUCAGCAGGUUCCCUUUCACAGUUGUUACAGUGAACAAAGAAAGUUAUGAAGAGAAACCUCAGUUAUUAGAGCUUCAUCAGAUCAAAACUGAAGAAAGCCGAGAGACUGAAGCUCUAAUCAGCAGCUCAGCUCAACAGAUAAAAACGGAACUCCAUAGCAAGGAUAGUGUAGGACCAGAACCAGACAUGAACCUGAAUCCAGCAUGUACCUUUGAGCAAAAUCCAAAUAAAAAUGCUUCAGAUUCCUCUGACACAGAAGCCAGUGAUGAUAAUAAUGAUGAGGACUGGCAGGGACCUUUGUCAGAUUCUGAGUCUGAAACUAAAAUGAGUCACAAUUGUGAGAAUGUCCUGAGUGCAUCUCAGUCAAAUGUAAAUGGUGAAGAGAAAUGUAACUCAGUCAAGGCUGGUGAUGAAGGAGAAAAACUGUUUGCUUGCAGUAAAUGUGAUAAAAGAUUUAAAAAGCGGGACAAUCUUACAGAUCAUGCUAGGAUCCACACCGGUGAGAAGCCAUUUGGUUGUGAAGUUUGUGAGAAAAGAUUCAGGCGGAAGGACUGUUUGCGAAAACACAAGAUGAUUCACAGUGGGAAAACCGCGCACAGCUGUGAUUUCUGUGGGAAAGGGUUUAUAGAAAAGACGGAUCUUCAGGCGCAUAUAAGACUCCAUACCGGAGAGCGACCUUUUGCAUGUGAUGAAUGUGGAAGAAGGUUUCACAAAAAGUCAAUUCUCACAGUGCACAUGAGAGUCCACUCUGGAGAUAAACAGUUCAAAUGCACCAUGUGCGAAAAAAGAUUCCGAUUUCAGCACAUUCUUAAAAAGCACAUGAUUGUUCACACUGGAGAGAAGCCGUUUGUUUGUGUCGUCUGCAGUAAAGGAUUUUCUCAACAAGAAACUCUGAAGAGACACAUGGGUGUUCACACGGGGGAAAAGACAUUUGUUUGUAGCGACUGCGGUAAAGACUUUCAACAGAAGAUACACCUAAAAGAACACAUGAAGGUCCACACGGGGGAGAAGCCAUUUGGCUGUGAUGUGUGCGGUAAGAAAUUCAAAAAGAAGUCGUAUGUUAAAACACACAUGAUGUCUCACGCUGGAAAGAGAGCGCACAACUGUGAGCUGUGCGGGAAAGGCUUUUUAGUCAAGGGUGGCCUUCUGAAACACAUGAGGAUUCACAAUGGAGAAAGACCUUUCAGCUGUGAUGUUUGUAGCAAGAGCUUUCUGCAGAGGAUCCAUUUGAAGGCGCACAUGAGAGUACACACAGGAGAGAAACCGUUUGGAUGUGAUAUCUGUGGUAAAAAGUUCACAAAGAAAUCCUACGUUACAGCACACAUGAUGUCUCAUGCUUGACAGAUGACAGGAUUACUGUGUUGAUUUGCAGAUGUGCACCAAACGUCACACAAUAGCAGGAUGUCCGUGCAUUCUUAAAAAGUCUUAAAUUCAUGUAUCUAAAAUGAAGGCCUCAAAUUGUCAGGAAACGGGCCUGAAAACAGAAAAUUGGCCUUAAGUACGUUAAUUACAGGUAUUAAAUUUUCUUGUGUUAAGACUGUUUAAUCUCAUAUAUUCUAUGUAGUUUUCAUUUUUCUUGCGGGACUUUGCUAUUAUGCAAAACUUUGAGUGUGUGAGUCAAGAUGGUUGCCAGUAGCUAGCUGCUAGGAUACCCUUGCUUUUGAGAAAGGGUAAAGCUAGUUAGAAUUUAUGUUAAUUAUGACUAAGUGCAAAUUUAUCAGCAGUUUAUGGAUAAUGUUUUCCUUUGUCACUAACACACUUCGAUUGCCAAGUCAUACAGUUUAUUUAUUUGCAAUUUUCUUUUGUACAUUUCUGUUGUGAUACAAGUCUUAAAUCCCAUUCAUAAUGGUCUUUAAAAAAGUCUUAUAAAGUCUUAAAUUUGAGUUGCUGUAACCUGCAUAAAUUCUGUAUGGGGUGAAGAAUUUGUGGCAACUUGGUGGAGGAGCUGCCACACAGCUACAAAUAUGAAAUAAUAAAAUUAUUUCACUUCAUUUCCUUAAAACAGCUAUUUCAUGUAUUUUAUUUCAUUGUAUUUAUUUUUUUUGAUAAUACCGAACAACAUGUGUAACUUUAAAAUUAAAAAUUAUUGAAAUACUUUUCUGAAUAUAAAAUUCUCUUGAGCAAAGCAGUUUUGUCCGAGCUGACCUGAUAAAUAAUUUGCGCCUUAACGUUUUAGAAAGUUUUUUUUAUUUUUAAAAAAUUAGUUGGAAGAAUCAUUGCCUCCUUGUAGAAAAACAUGGUUCUGUCUGAAACUGUGGAAAACAUUGUUCAACAUAAACAAGCCAUUUGUACAUUUAAAAAUGUGUCUUUUGUGAAUUGUUUUCAGAUUUGUCUUAAGCUCAUUUUUGUGGAGUUUUUGCCUAAUGUGGAUAUAUAGAUAUGUCUCAUGUUUUUUUGUUUACUAAAUUAAAAUAAUAUGGGUACAACAACUCA